GGGAAAAAUUUUCUGUGCAGCUGAGAAACUGAAGAAAAAGGGAGAGAUUAUCAGGAGGGCGAAAAAUUCUUGUUUUUGAAAUUUCAUUAAUAUGGGUUUUUCUUGUUGGCCUGGGAGCUCAAGCAAAAGAUCAGAGGAGCGGACAAGCAAGAACAUCAGCAGGAAGAACAAAAAGAAUGAUAUCAGUAGCAACAAAAGUAAACCCCAUGUUCAAACACAAGCCAGUUCGGAAGAUGAGUCGAAAGUCAGUGCAUAUGAGUCUGUAAGAAAGGAAGAGGUAGCUAAGGAUGACCAGUUAUCCGUAGAUGUAAAGAAACUUAAUUUGGAUGAUGAGAUGUCCAAGGAUGGUAAAGCUAGUAAACGGGCACAGACAUUUACAUUCGAUGAACUCACAGCCGCAACAGGCAACUUCCAGUCGGAUUGUUUCUUGGGUUCAGGAGGAUUUGGAAAAGUUUACAAGGGAUUCUUGGAGAAAACCAACCAAGCUGUUGCUAUCAAACAACUAGAUCGUAAUGGUCUUCAGGGCAUAAAGGAAUUCGUUGUUGAAGUAUCGAUAUUAAGCAUGAUGGAGCAUCCGAAUCUUGUUCAACUGAUUGGGUUUUGUACCGAGGGUGAUCAAAGACUACUGGUUUACGAGUACAUGCCAUUAGGGUCAUUGGAAAAUCAUUUAUAUGACCUUCCACCUGGCCAAAAACCACUUGAUUGGAACACUAGGAUGAAAAUAGCAGCUGGUGCAGCAAAGGGCUUAGAGUAUUUGCAUGUAAAAUUGGAUCCGCCAAUCAUAUACCGGGACCUUAAAUGCUCCAAUAUUUUGCUCGGUGAAGGAUAUCAUCCGAAGCUAUCCGAUUUUGGUUUGGCCAAAGUUGGUCCCAGUGGCGAUAAGACUCAUGUUUCUACUAGGGUUAUGGGCACAUAUGGCUAUUGUGCACCGGAUUAUGCCAUGACCGGACAGCUGACAUUUAAAUCGGAUAUUUACAGCUUUGGGGUUGUCCUCUUGGAACUAAUUACCGGCAGGAAAGCAAUUGACAAUACAAGAGAACGUGGUGAACAAAAUCUCGUUGCAUGGGCGCGUCCCAUGUUCAGAGACAGAAAGAACUUUUCACGAAUGGUUGACCCUCUACUGCAAGGUCAAUAUCCUGUCCGAGGUCUCUACCAAGCGCUUGCCAUUGCUGCAAUGUGUGUUCAGGAGGAGCCUAAUAUGCGACCUGCUGUAUCCGAUGUGGUUAUGGCUCUGAAUUACCUUGCCUCCCAAAAAUAUGACUCGAGCAGUCCUGUCCACAGCUCCCGAAAGAGCAUGCCAUCAUCGGCAAUGAAUAUGGAUGAUGAUGAAAAACCAGUUUCAGAAUAUGAACUUGAGUUACUGCGAUGUUAAUAUGGUGGCUAGUUAUCGAUUUUUGGAUCAAAAAAGAUAACCGGCAUACUUCCAACCCGUAAAAUCAUCACAUACAGAUAUUUUUUCCCUUCUUUAUCUCCCCUUUGCUGGCGUACAUGUGAGUUGGGGGUUCUUGUAUGUAAGAUGCUUCAUUGUAGGAACAUUUUUCACAUGAUAAUAGAUUUAGCCAUCUUAAUAUCUUAUAACAUUAAGCAAAAAAUGUGAUUACCUGCAAAUAAAAAAAUUCUUACA